GCCUGUAUUUGUGUAGUUAUUGCGAAGUUGUAUGAGUGUGCUGAUGAAAGUGAGCAACUGUGUGUGAGAUCCAAGGGAUGUAAGAAAGUGUUGAUGCGUUCAUCCUUAAAACCUAUGGAUUACAUAAGCUUCUGUCGGUGUUUAUCUUCCUUUCGCAUGGAUACAAAAAUUUGUGUGGAUUAAAGAAUAUUAAUUUCAGUUUUUAUCUUUGGCUGCAUGGUUUUCCAUAGAAAGUGACGCGUUUCCCUACGUGGAACGAGGAUAUUGUAGACAUCAUGGCGCUUACUCAGCCGAGUGUCAACUGUAGUUUGGACGACAUCGAUUUAAAUAGUUUGAAGGAUCCUGCUGGUAUAUUUGAGCUUAUAGAAGUUGUAGGCAAUGGAACUUAUGGCCAAGUCUACAAGGGUCGUCACACGAAAACAGGACAGUUAGCAGCAAUCAAAAUUAUGGACGUAACGGAGGAUGAAGAAGAAGAAAUAAAAUUAGAAAUAAAUGUAUUAAAAAAGUACUCUCAUCAUCGAAAUAUAGCUACUUAUUAUGGGGCAUUUAUUCAAAAAAGUCCUCCUGGUAAAGAUGACAAACUAUGGCUUGUCAUGGAAUACUGUGGAGCAGGAUCUGUGACUGAUCUUGUAAAAUCCACUAAAGGACAAUGUCUGAAAGAAGAAUGGAUAGCUUACAUUUGUCGAGAAAUUCUCAGGGGUCUUAGUCAUCUUCAUGCCAAUAAAAUCAUCCACAGAGAUAUUAAAGGCCAGAAUGUUUUGUUAACAGAUAAUGCAGAAGUUAAACUAGUUGACUUUGGUGUGAGUGCUCAACUAGAUAGAACUAUAGGAAGGCGAAAUACUUUUAUAGGGACACCUUACUGGAUGGCUCCUGAAGUGAUAGCAUGUGAUGAAAAUCCUGAAGCCACUUAUGACAACAGAAGUGACUUAUGGUCUUUAGGAAUAACUGCAUUAGAAAUGGCUGAAUCUCAACCACCAUUAUGUGAUAUGCACCCUAUGCGAGCUCUGUUCCUCAUUCCAAGAAAUCCUCCUCCACGGUUAAAGUCCAAAAAGUGGAAUAAAAAAUUUCAUAGCUUUAUAGAAACAGUUUUAGUCAAAGAUUACCAACAGAGGCCAUAUACAGAUCAACUUUUAAAGCAUCCCUUUAUUAGGGAUCAACCCACUGAAAGGCAAGUUCGUAUUCAACUGAAAGAUCACAUUGAUCGAUGUCGAAAGCACAAGAGAGGAGGUAAAGGUGAUAUUCAAGAAGAAUAUAGGUAUAGUGGCAGUGAAGGUGAAGAAGAAGAUGUUGGUCUUGCUGGUGAACCUAGUUCCAUAGAGCCUGUACAACAAGAUUCUACAUUAAGAAGAAAUUUCCAGCAGUUACAAGAAGGACGGACUCUUACAUCCAAUGAAUCUAGAGCCCCAAGCAGUAGUAGCUUUCAACCACCCUCUGCUCCACCUUUACAAAUUGAAAUGCCUGCUCCACCACCAAGGCACCCGAUACCACCACAAAGACUUAUUGUUGUUCCUGAUCCUCCUCCUCCUAGUAAACCCCUUCCACCGAUUCCUGUAGAUGGAAAUAGAAAAGCUAAAGCAGCAACUCCUCCAAGAAACAAUCAAAAUCAAAUGAUUCCAUUUCAAUCUUCACAACAAAAUAGAAAUUCUGGUGUUUUCAAACCUCCUGCAAGAAGACCAGAGGAUUUGGAGGUUUUAGCAGCUCAGCUGAAUGAACUUGCUGUUGGUGGUGCAGGAAGUUUAUCCAGUCAAAAUAAUAACAGUAGACUUUCAUCUAAUUCUGUUGAAACACCUCCAGGUAUAAAUGGUAUACUAUCUGAGAAGUCCAGUGGGGUUAAUCGAAAUGGCUCAGAUUCAGAAGAAGAGGAGGAUGACGAGGAUGAAGGCCAAAUCCAAAAUGAUGGGACUCUUUUGGCAUCUGAUCCUCCUAGGCCAUUGGCCACUGAAAAUCCUCUUGAAAAUAGGAUAUCAAGGCCUCCAGAAGUUUACAAUGAUGCUCUUAGAAACUUAGUUGGCCAUGAUAAAAUAAAUGAAGGUUCAGUGCCAGUUAAUCAUGCUCCUCAUCGUCCCCUCCCUCCAACUCCUGAUGAGGAUGAGAAUAAUGAUAGAACUCUUGUCCUAAGAAGGAAUCAUUCAAAUAGACAAGAACACAGCAGGCGAACCCGAAAUGAAAAUGAAAAUAAGUGCCAAGAAAGGGCAAAAGAACGCUCAAGUGUUAAUUUGGAGAAAAACCAACGGAGGCGAGACUCUGGUCCUCUUGAGCGUAAUGAUGCUAAUAAAUCUAAGAAUGAUCAAAGGCAUCGCUCAUCAUCAUCUCCAUUACAUAAAGCAACAUCAUCACCAUUUCCAUUAGCUACCUCAACUCCUAAUCAUAAUGGGGAAUCUAAUCAUAAAAAAGAACGUAGUAGUAACUCUAGGCAUGAAAAUAAGAGUGAUAAAGAUAGAUUUGAUAGAAAUGCAUCCAGUGGCAUGAGCGAUCGUGGCCCUGGACAACGCAUGGAAUCUUCCCAAAGUUCUCCUGAUAAUAUUGGUUUAGCUGCCACGCGGUCUAUGGGAGUUUUACCAGAUCUUCUACAACAGCAUGCGUCUAACACAUCUGGUCACCAAUCUUCGCCACAACAUAGGCUACAAGAUUCAACGACAUCAGAUGAGUAUAGGCAGGCUGUUGGGAAAGCUCCGCAACUCCAACAUAAGCAGCGUUCUUUUCUUACAUUUGGGUUUGGAGCUGGAGGUACUGGCCCCUCUCCAUCUCCCAGGAGAGAGAGCCAUGUGAAUGUGAAUGUCACCCCCACAUCUCAUGAAUCUUCUGCAGAUACUCCAGAAAUUCGCAAGUACAAGAAAAGGUUUAAUUCUGAAAUCUUGUGUGCUGCUUUGUGGGGGGUGAACCUUUUGAUUGGUACUGAAAAUGGGUUAAUGCUGCUUGAUCGCAGUGGUCAAGGAAAAGUUUAUCAGCUCAUAUCUCGAAGAAGAUUCCAGCAAAUGGAAGUCCUUGAAGGCCAAAAUAUUCUUGUCACAAUUUCUGGUAAAAAGUGUCGAGUUCGCGUUUAUUACCUCUCCUGGCUGAAGAGCAAAAUUCUUCGAACUGAAGGAAUUGAAAAAAGAAGUGGUUGGAUAAAUGUAGGUGAUCUUCAAGGAGCUGUACAUUUUAAAAUAGUCAAAUAUGAAAGGAUAAAAUUCCUUGUGAUUGCCUUAAAAGAAAGCAUAGAAAUAUAUGCAUGGGCACCAAAGCCUUAUCACAAAUUCAUGGCCUUUAAGUCAUUUACAGAUUUAGCUCAUAGGCCUGGAUUAAUUGAUAUGACGAUAGAAGAAGGCGUCCGGCUCAAAGUUGUUUAUGGCUCCUACGAAGGCUUCCAUGCUGUUGAUUUGGACUCUGGUGCUGUGUAUGAUAUUUAUAUUCCUGCCCAUUCUCAGGGUCCCAUUUCUCCUCAUACUAUAGUCACUCUUCCAAAUUCCAAAGGUUUACAACUUCUUCUUUGUUAUGAUAAUGAAGGAGUAUAUGUCAAUACCUAUGGUAAAGUUAGUAAAAACAUUGUUCUACAAUGGGGAGAAAUGCCAACAUCUGUAGCUUAUAUUGGAACAGGCCAAAUAAUGGGAUGGGGAAACAAAGCAAUAGAAAUACGUAAUGUAGAAACUGGUCAUUUAGAUGGUGUGUUCAUGCACAAGAAAGCACAGAAACUAAAGUUUUUAUGUGAAAGAAAUGAUAAAGUAUUCUUUUCAUCAGCUAAGGGAGGUUCUUCGUGCCAGAUCUACUUUAUGACACUUAAUAAGCCGGGAAUGGCCAACUGGUAGCAGACUAAAAAUUUGGAAAAAAAUAAAGAUAAAAGUGCUCCUGCCAUUCACUGAGAUGGUGCUCUUAUAUUCUAAUAAAUGGGGAAAAGUGAUUUCCCCUAGUUUUUGCCUUGCAGUCAGUCAUAACAUAUUUGAAUUUUUGUUAAAUAUUUGUUUUCAUAAUUUUGUGCUUCGGUUUUUCUCACUGUUCUAUUUUAAUUGCUCAAUAUGUUUAAACCUAUUAGUUAUCUUUUUUUAUACCAGCUGCUUGAAACACAUGUUGUGAUCAAUUUGAACACUUCAAUGAACUUUUCUCUGAAUAUCUUAAUUUUUUUCCCUUAUCAUUUCUAUGAACAUGGUGCAACAAUGAAUUUAGCAUUUUAAAUUGUCUUGAAAAUCAAACCACAAUUAUUCAUAUGUUUCUUUUUUAAGUUUUCUUCAUUGCAAUUUUGUUAUUUAUCCACAUUUUAUUUAAAUUAUUAAGUGUCUCUUUGCAGCUGGUUAAGAAGAGUUUAAAUUUCAUAAUUUAGCAAAUUAAUUUUAAACAUUGUAUAUAGCUCAUCUCAUUUUUAUGAUGGAUUUUUUUAGUAUCUUCUUUGUAUCUAAUGAGAAAUUGGCUUUGAAUAAUUUUAACGACUGUUUAAUGAAGCUUAUUGUGUGUUUUUGUAUGAAAUAUAUUCUAUAGUUAUAACUUUAAAGUUGUUUACUCAGAGUGUUUAGACUGCAUUAUGUUCAUUAGUUUAAAACUAUACUAAUCGCUAUUUUAAUUAAAAACUUACUAUCUACGCAUGGUUAAAAUUAUAGUAUUGAAAAUAACCUUCUGCUUUUUAAAUUUUAUUUAUAUCAUUAUAAAUCAUGGUAAAAAAAUCAUUGUAAUCAAAGCUAUAUAGAGAAGCUGUCAUUUUUAUAAAAUGUGUAAAAUUAAAUGAUUUGAUUUUUCUGAUUCUAGUUUCAGUGCUAUACUUUCCAGGCAAUUUACAUGUAAAAUGAAUGGUUUUUAUGCAGCAUGGACAAAGUUACGAAUUAUGAAUUUUAAAAAUACUUAUUCUAAUAAAUUUUGUGUUUUCAUGCAGUAAAUAACUUGUCCACAGAGUUUGUUUGCCAUAUGUCACAUAACCUAUUUUUACAUAUGUUGAAAUAUUUCUUGCAUCUUAGAUAUUCUAUCUAUAGCCAUGCCAUCUGUGUUAAGCUUUUCUUUUGCAAGAAAAAUACUAACAUAAUAGUACAUUUUGGCAUUAUAUAUAUUUUGUGAUAAGGCUUUUUAUUAAGGAGUUUUUAAUCUGUCCUCUGAGCAAUGUGGAAAGAUAAGUUAAUAAGUGUUAUUCUAUUAAUCCUGAUAUUCCUUGCCAUCUUUAUCAUGAAUUUUUAAUUUUUUGGACAAAGUUUUUGUAAGGUUUAUGUUCUCUGCCUGAUGGGCAUGAAGGAGAGUUAAAUGUUGUUGACAGUUCUGUACAUUAUGUGUGUACAUAUAUAUAUAUAAAUAUAUAUACAUAUGUGGAAAUAACUCUCUAGUAUAUAAUAAUUAUGCACUUUUUUAAAGGCCGGGCAAUAUAGAAAGCUGAUUGCUAUUUCUUCCAGUUAUAAUAUUUAUAAAACUUUUUUUAGGAAGUAAACGUUUUUAUAUGAAAUCAAUAGCAAUAUACAAUCAAGCAUUUGAAACUAAUCUGAAGCUGUAGGUGCAAGUUCAGUGAAAUAGCCUUUUGAUUUUUCAGAAAGGGGUGUGGCUGAAAUAUUUAACAAAAUCAUAAAUAUAUAUGCAAAUCCGUGGAAUUUUUGCUCAAAAUAUUAUUUAAAAUACUAAUGUGUGUUGUUCAACAGAUUAUCCACUAUAUUACAUUGAGACAAUAUUGUAUAAUUAGACUUUGACUGUUGAAUUUCCUUAAAAUACUGCUCUAUUCUCAUGGGCAAUUAAAAAAAAAGUAUGCUUUGCCUUUUUUUUUUCUUUCUUUGUUUGUGUCAUUGUAUAGCUAUUAACAAAGUUUUAUGAGAAAGAUGAAGUCAAAUCUAGGUUUUGAUAUUUUCAGAACUAAUUUAUCUUGAGUGAUAUAAUUGUGGCAUACUGUAUAUAGUGGACAGAAAUAUCUAAUAUGACUAAGCUUCCAAUACAAAAUGUAUGUUUAAGUGAUUGUUUUUCUUUUGUCAUUUGUUGCAUAUUUAACUUAUAAAAAAUUAUCAGAACUUUUGUUGUAGUAAUGAAAAAGAAAAGUCACUACAUUUAUGUAGAAUAUUUUUUAGGUUUUGAAUUUGUCUGCAGAGUAAUAAUGAAAUGCAAUGUAAUAUAUGUUUUUAUAUAAAUUACCUGGUUGAGCAAAUUAAAGUUAAAUUUGUAAAGUGUUGCUAGACCAGGAAAGAUGCGACCAAUAAAAAUGUCAAUUUCA